AUGGACGAGUUAAAACGAUAUUAUAUUGAUAUUAUACGAAUAAAUGAUCCAGAGAAUGUUAAUGUAAUUGAAAAUCGAUUAAAGAAUUAUAGUGAAAGUAAUCAAUUAUUACCACUUUUUAUUGAUAAUUUUUUUAAUCAAUUUAAUAAAGGAACAGUACUAGAAUAUUCAUCUGGGAAGUCAGUAUUAAAGGGGAUGGUUAUUUUAUCAAAUGAACAAUUUUUUGAAAGUACUCAAUACAAAUUUAUGAGUGAUGAAUUUAUUAAUUCAUAUUCUCAUUAUUAUUAUAUUCUUGUUAAUGGAAUAAUUGUUGAUAAUAAAUUAUGUGAAUGUCUUAUUGAAUUAGCAUUAAAUGUAUUUCCUAAAAUUGAGUUUAAUAUUAUUCCAAAAGAACUUAUUCAAAUUAAUUUUAAACAAAUUGAAUAUGCAACUCUUUUUCUUCCUGUAUUUGAAAUGAUUAGCAAAGUAAUGAAUCCUAAAGUUCUUCAAGAAUUAUAUGUUAGUAGAUCAAUGAAAGAAGCAUUAAAUAAAACAGUUGAAACUAUGUUAGAUGCAAAACUUAAUGAAAAUACAUUAAAAGUGAUUGAUACAUAUUUAAAAUUUAUUAAGACAACAUGUACUUUUGAUUCUAGAAUAUUAAAUAUUCAUAUUCAAUCAUUAUUUUUUAAUAGAAUUGUUAUUAUUAUUACUUCCCCUAUUACUUUUGAAAUGUUAAAUACAUCAAUUAAUGAUACUUCUUUUUUUGAUACUUUACAAUUGUCUAUUGUUACUUCAUUACAAGAUCUUUGUUUUUAUGGAAAUGGUGUUUAUUCUAUUACAUCUACUCCUCCUUCUUUUAACAAUAGUAAUAAUAAUGUUGGAUUAAUUAAAAAUUAUGAAAUACCUUCAAUAUUAAUGAAAUUACUUGUUUGUCCAAGACUAACAUUAUACGCAUUACAAUCAAUUCAAUUCAUCUUAUUUUGUAAUCCAGAGAAUUAUUAUAUUCUUCCGACUUAUUUAGAAUCAAUUUGUUUAAUGUUAGUAUCAUUUAAAAGUAUUGAAAUCGAAUUAGUGUUUCAAAUGUUAGAAAAGUUAUUAAAUACGUACCAUCGUGAUUUAUCUCCUUUUGUUGAUGUGUUUAUUCAAUUUAUUUCAUUGUCUAAUUUUCUUCAUACAUCUAUUAUGCCUCCUUUUAUUUCUUUUAUUAUUAAAUUAAUUGGAAGUCAUCGUUCAUUAUAUCAAUCUUCACUAAGCCCUUUAUUAAUUCCUUUAGUUCAAGUAUUAUUAGAUACUUCUACAACUACUGAAGAUACCUCUAAUAUUGUUGAAUGUGUUACACGGGUUAUUUGUAUUUUAUUAUCUGGGAAUAAAGAAAAUACUGCAUUAUUUAUGAGAGAAAGUUCAAUAAUAGAAAAGCUUGUUCAGUUGUUUAAUAAUAAACCUCAAUAUCGGAAUGAAAUUACAUCUAUAAUCAAAGAAGUUAUUGCUUUAGUUCCAACAGAUCAAGCAGCACUUAUUUCCACAUUAAUGAUUGAUGAAAUAUUGAAUGACAUUGACCCAAUUUCACGUCUUUCUUCUGCUAUUUCUUUAAUGGACCAAUCCCCAAUCGCAAGAGAAAUGUUUGGUGUUUGUAAUUGUUUUGAGUUAUUACGUAAAUUUAUUGAACGUUGGGGAUAUUCUCAACCAUUAAAUACCCCAACUCGAAGUAAAACAUUAGUUCAACGAAUGAAUAUCAUAACGUCAUGUGUAGAUUCAUAUGUUUGUACUUUACAAGAAUCAACAACAAAUAGAAUGCGUUUGCAAAAUGGAUUUCCAGUUAAAUUUAUUGAUGACUAUUUAGAAUUUAAUCCAUGGAAAGAAACAGAACCAAUUAUUGUCUGUUCUCACAUACUAGCUCUUAUUACAGAACAGCCAACAAAUAAAAUUAAAUCAAUAUUUAUAGGAGAAACAAUUAAAGUAAAUAUUAUCAACUCUUAUUUACUUCCUUCAUUAUUACGUUUCUCAAAAAGUCUUGAAGAAAAACACAGAAAUUAUCUUUUUAAAAUUCUUACAAACUCUUUUGGAAGUACAAUGGAAUUAUUCGGUGCUUACCAGUCAAAUGUUUUAGAAACAAUUCUAUUAUGUUUUUCUAAUGCUUUAAAUGAUCCUUUAUUCGUUCAAUUGAUUGAAAAAAUAGGAAGAUAUUCUAUUAAACCUAAAAGUUGUAAAAAACUUAUUAAAGCUUUAAAAGGAGAAUGUCUUAAUAGUAAUUUAUUAUCAAUACUCACUUCUAUGGUGAGUGGAGAUACAGUAGGUGGAUUAACUUUCGAUACUUCUGAUAAAGUAUCAUAUAUAAAAAAUUAUAUAUGGUUGGAUAAUAUUCCAUUAUUAAUUACAGGAUGGUUUAGACUCUGUGGUGGGAUAUAUAAUAUAGUUGAAAUUAUUCCAGUUAGAAGUUCUGGUGGAAUAUCUAUUUCUAUAAACACUGGAAUAAUGGAAAUUUUUAAUGAGAAUACGAGACUAAGUUUCAUAAAUGUUCCAUUAGGAACAUGGUUUCAUUUAGCUAUUUGUCUAUAUCCAAAUCAACCGGUUUUGUGUUUUGUUAAUGGAAAUUUCAUUAAUGAGUCAAAGUCAAGUAUUAAUAUUCUACAAGGAAGUUAUACUGUCACUGUUGGUCAUAAUGGUCAUUCAAUUCAUUCAUAUUCUUUUAGUGUCGGAGAAUUAAUGAUUAUUAAUGGAACAAGAACAGCGAAUGACAUAAAAACAAUGUAUCAAUUAGGUCCACAAUAUAAAGGAAGGUAUUGUGCUUCAUGUUAUAAUGAAUCAAUAAGUUUGAGAGGGCCAACAAGUAUUAUUAAUCCUUCUAUUUCUAUUCAAAGAGAUGAUAUUAUUUAUGUUAUGACUGAUCUUAUCAAUGAUGUAUCAAGAACAGAUUUAGUUGUGGAAGGAAGAGUUUGCCCAACAUCACCUUCUCCUUUUGUUACAUGUAUUUGUAGAUGUGGGGGAAUAGCGUUAUUAUUAUCAUUAAUAGAAAAAUCUUCUUCAACAUCAGAGUUAUGUGACUCAUUGCAAGUGUUAAUGUUUUGUUUACGAGGUUCAUCAGAACUUUAUGCUGAAGCUGUUAAAACGAAUUCAUUUGAUAUUCUAGUUCUUAUUUUACAUUCAAAGAAACAAUUAAUAUCACAUGGAGUUUUACAAGUAUUAUUAGCACUAUCUGGAAUUAAAACAAGUGACUCUGACUUCUGUGUAACACAUCCAGAAAUAUUAACUACUUUAGUACUUGAUUUUGACCUUUUAAGCUCAUGUCCAAAUGGAAUUGAAUAUGUAUUAAAAACACUAAAAUCAGUUUAUGAAUUUUCUCCUGUUUCUGCGUCAGAGUCAUUAAGAGGAGUUGGAUUAAUGAGAAAAUUAAUGGUUCUUUUCAUUGAUGAAAAUACAGAAAGUUCAGUAAUUAAUUGUGUAACUCAGUUAUUAAUUUGUAUCCUUUCAGUAAAUUGUAGUAAAGAAGAAGUUUCCGUUGUAACAUCAUUUGCUUCAUACUUUCUUCAAGUUUUUGAUAAAUCAGAUUCAGACUUUCAUCGUUCUUGGUGUGCUUUUAGAUGUACUCAAUUAUUAACAUUAUUAGAUCAAAUAGUUUCUGUAAAAGGAAUUCUUCCUGGGUUAUCUUCUAAUUUUAUUUAUCAGUUUGUUAGUGUUUCUAAACCUCCAGAAUCACUUGCACCACCAUUACUUCAUCUUGCAGCAAAUCUUUCAUUUUUAUCUCAAUCAUUUUCUGAUGAUUUUUAUUCAGAUUUAGAUCAAUUACUACGAGUAGUUUAUGUAUUUACUUCUUCAAAAGAAUCUAUAUAUGCUUUAUUCGCUCUUUUAUUACAUACUAAUCCAGUUAUUUCAGAACUUUUUACAACAGUUAAUAUAGUUCAACGUCCAUUAUGCCCUCGAUACAUGUUAUUAUUAAAUGAAAUAGUUAGGUCGUCUUUAUUAAUUGAAUUUGAUAAACAACGAAUUUUAAAUUCAGAAUUCAUUAUUUUAACAUUUAUUGAUAUAUUUCAUCAAUACCGUUCAAUAAGACAAUCUAUUAUUCAAAGUAAUGAACUAGUAAAGAGUUUAUUAAGUGUUCUUGUUCUUAGAAAUAAAAAAUAUAUUGGUGAUGCUCAAUUAAAUAAAGAGCAACAAACACUUUGUAAAGAUAUAGUUAAAUGUAUUGGAUAUUUAAUUGCUGCUUCAUUAAGAGAUGGAGAUAGUUAUAAAAAAAUAAUCUAUUAUUCUUCUAUUCUACAGCCAAAUGGAGAUUUAUUAAAAGAAAUAAUUCUUUCAUCAAUUCAACAAUUACAUGAAUUAUUUUAUUCAAUCCCUAAAGAUAAAAUUACUAAAAUUUUUGUUGAAUAUUCUCAAUUCUUAUUAGAUAUUUCAAUUUCACAACAAAUGAAUAUAAGUCUUCAUUUAGUCAUUAAUUGUAUUUAUGUCUUAAUGAAUAUUUAUAUAGACUUUAAAGAAAUUCAUUCAAAAGACCAAAAUAAUAUUUGGGUAGAAAUGAUUGACAGAAUGAAUCUUUUAAUGUUUGAUAAUAUUACUGAAGACUCUUUUGUAUUUGCUGCACAACAAUUUCAUCUUCAAGACUUCUUUUUUAGUCAACCACACUCUGAAACAUAUGUCACAACAUUCUUAACAAUUAUAUUAACUCAAAUAACCAAUAGUCAAGUUAAAAAAAUUAAUCCAAUAUAUUCUAGUAUUCUCAAAAGAAUAUCAAUGAGUUAUAUGAAUAUAUUAAAUAAAAUACUUCCAACUAGAGAUCUUAAGAAGGGAUUUAAGUCAUUAUUACAAAUGAACUCUGAUAAAGUUUUCUUAUGGGUAGAGAAUAAAAUAGUUGAAUUACGUUCAUUAUGUCUUCAAUUAAAUCAAAGUAUAAGAACUUUUAGAAAUACACAAGAAGAAAGAAAAGAAAUUAUUGUCAAACAAUUAGCAUUAGCUUUUAAAGAAAUUGGAAAUGAAGUUGAUGAUAUUCAUAAAUCUGUUAUAACUCAAGAUGAUAGAUUAAAAGAAAUUGAUAAUAGAAGACAAAAAGCAAUAGAACUAUAUAUUAAAGAAAGAAAAUACCUUUAUGAUAAACCCCUCUCAAUAAAACUUCAAUUAAUAACUAUUUGGAAUACAAUGAAACUUAAUUUAAUAAUGCCAAAAGGUAUUUGGGAAGAAAAUGUUGAAGAGUAUAUGAUAGAUGAUACCCAAAGUUCAUUUGGUAUAAGAAGAAGAAUUGUAAGAGAUUAUAGAUUCAAUGAAAGAUAUAACAUUUUAAAAGGAACAAAAGGAAAAACUCUUCAACUAAACUUAAUACAAAAAGAAGAGAAAAAUAAUAGACAAAGUAAUGAUAGUAUUGAUGUUAUUUCUGAAUUAGAAAGAAGUUCCUUGUUUUAUUGA